AUCUUGCAGAACAGCAACCCCAGCGCUCUGUCAGACGGUUGACCCCGGAGGCAGGAUCGUGACACCUGCAGGCAGCGAGACGUGCGUCAAGAACAUUGUCCAAGCGUUCAAUGCGACCUGCGAGGCUAGCCGCUCGGCCAUUCUGCCACUGGUUCCCCUGCUCAGACUCCGCGGCGCUGACCUCGACCUCGCUGCACCUCUCUGGCACGCGCUGUCGGCCAACAAGUGGUCCAUGGCGAUGGCGCUACUCGAAAACGGCGCGAAGAUGGCUCGGCGGUUCUUACGACGGGCGGCUACAGACGCACGUGGCGACGUCAUCGGCUUGCUCAUGCAACACACGAACUCGGCAGAGAGCUGCAACCUCGUCCGGGCCAUGGUGGCGAGGAUGGAACCGCCCCUGAGCACGACCGAGCUCAACGACUACCUGUACGAGGCCUGCGCGCAGACUCACCCAGGCAUGGCGCAGAUCUUUCUCGAAGCGGGUGCCCAGCGCAGUGCAGCGGCUCCUGCCUCGAGCAUCCGUGGGCUCGGCUGGCCGGCAGGCAGCACACUGCAGACCGUGGCACAACGCAGCUGGGAUGCGGUUCCUCUGGGGCCACGGCAAUACCGUCGCAAGUGGUGGCGCCGGCACAGGCGUCUCAUGGGGCUGUUGGGUUUCCAGCAUGGGACGCGGCAUCACGCUCACAGCAGCCGAGUGCAGAGGCCAAUGCUGUGAUGCUCCGGAGGUUGACAUCUUUGCGAAGCAAGAGACCAGCUACUGCGCUGCUAUCUAACUACCACGGGACUUUUUUGCGUGAUAUCCUUACACUACAGCGGAUAAUUACGGUUGGGGGAGGCGGAAAGUCGGCAACAUGUCAUGGACAGUUCUUGUUAGCAUUAUCAGCGUGGUCUCAAUAUACUAUCUCAGCGAGCAUUCGCCCC